AUGUCUGCCUUCGCUCCUGCCAUCCGCCAGCUCGCCGCUGUAUCCCGACGACGAGUCGCAACAUCUCUUCCAGUUGGAAGGCGUCAAGCCUCGACUGCGGUCCCGCACCACUUCGAGGCGCCUCACUACUCGCUCAAAGAGAAGCUCACUCGCUUUGUACCGACCGAGUCGUACCCCUUGAUCGCCUUCGUUGCCUGCAUGUCGACCUACGCUAUCUACUCCGGCUUCCACGCUAUUGGCGCCGUCCCAGGCGAGCUUCGUCUCGCACCCAGCCAUCUCAAGCAGGAGAAGCGCGCCGAGCCGUGGGAGGACCCACGCGCCCUCGCCGGAAAGUGGUAG